UCUCACUUCUUUGUGAACAGCUGAUUCCUAUCACCACAAUUUUGAUAAAAACAUAGCGCUGUUUUGUAUUUGGGACGAUUGUUAAAUAUUACUAACGCAACUUAAUUAGGGAAUAUGCUAUCAACGAAAAUACAGUAUCUGCGCUAUGGGAAAACAGCGCGUCUGGUGAAUCUCUGUAACAAGUUUGCUCCCGAAAUCACAGUCACAUCUUCAAAUACAUUAACUGUGAGGGACUAUCAUGUGUCGGGUCGUGCAAGUACAACCACCCAUCGUCUUUUGUUGCCGUCGUCGUUAAAUACGCUAUCAUUGUCUGCGGGAGGGGUACGGUUUGCAAGUGCUGAUACCUCAAUACCAACUGCUAUUAAUGCCGCCACAAGUACUGCAAAUGACAAGAAAACCGCGGUCGAUCUUUCUACUAUUCCCGAAGCACCCGCCGCACCAGUUGAAGAAGUUGCCGCUCAAGUUCUUAAUGCCGCAGGCGAGCCUACAUUUGCGUCUAUAGGGCUAGGUGGCUGGUCGCCAGUGGGAAUUGUGCAAAACUGCAUGGAGUUUCUGCAUAUUGGUUGCGAUUUGCCAUGGUGGGCCGCAAUUGCAAUUGGAACUGCGGUGGUGCGUACUAUCAUUUUCCCGCUAGUGAUUAUGGCACAAAGAAAUGCAGCUAAAAUGAACAAUUAUAUGCCGCAAAUGCAAGUAUUACAAAUGAAAAUGAGCGAAGCUCGUCAAAGUGGUAACGCUAUCGAGUCAGCCCGUUAUGCACAGGAAAUGAUGCUAUUCAUGAAGGAGAAAGAAGUAAACCCCUUGAAGAAUAUGAUUGUACCUCUCGCACAAGCUCCUCUCUUUAUUUCAUUUUUCAUGGGUCUACGUCAAAUGGCCAAUACGCCUGUGGAAUCCUUGCGAGAAGGUGGUCUGUUUUGGUUUACUGACUUAACCGUGGCCGAUCCUACCUUUAUGUUGCCACUAAUUACCAGCGCUACACUCUAUUUAACAAUAGAAAUUGGAACGGAUAGUGCACGUUUGUCGGCACAAAAUAUGUCGAUGAUGAAAUAUGUUUUGCGAGCACUACCAAUUGCGAUCUUUCCAUUUACAAUGAAUUUUCCUGCGGCUAUCCUUACUUACUGGGCUUGCAGUAAUUUCAUCUCUUUGGGGCAGGUGGCAAUGCUAAGAAUUCCUGCGGUGCGUAAUUACUUUAAAAUCGACAAGAUGGUUAUACAUAAAGCAGAAAACCUCCCAGUAAAGAAGAAAGGUUUCGUGAAGGGAAUGAAAGAAUCCUGGGAAAACAUGAAAAUAACCAAAGAAAUAGAGGAACGACAACGUUUGGAUGAAAUACGUUUUGCUAAAGCCGGCAAAGGUCCAUUAGUUAAGACAUUCAAGUAUGAUCCUACAAAGCAACGUCCCGCGACAGGAAAUACAAGUACGAGUUCGUCCCCAGUGCAAGCGAAAAAGGCUUAAAUUUUAGUUGGUAUACUUUAGUUUUACUAAUUAAACACUUAAAAAUGUAAAAUAAAGAAUGAAGAAAAUAACGACAAAA